AUGGCGCCCAAAAGACGCACCUCGACACCUUCGGCAGCGCAGCGCAAUCAGCAAGCAACCAUCUCAUUUGGAAAGCAGGGUCUCAAUCGCGUCACGAAAACCACUCUUGCUCAGCGCGACUCCAAAGCCACCAAGAAGGACAAGGCUCUGCUUGAUGCCGUGUCGAGCCAUGUCAUUGACGAACCCACAACCGCCGAUGCAGCCAUCCAAGAACAAGCCGUCGCCGAACUUGUUGACACCAAGCCUAGCUUCAGCGACAAGACUGAUGACUACGAGAAGCGCGCCAUCAAGGUUACCAAUGCUCAGAUCAAAAAGUACUGGCAAGCCAAAGAGGCCGAGAGAAAGUCACCACGUGUGCACCAGCAAGGACUCGAUGUCUUUGAAAAGAUCUUGAGGGAGUUUGACAUGAGUGGACAGUACGGUCCAUGCAUUGGCAUCGCCAGAGUCAAGCGUUGGAGAAGAGCCAACACGCUGGGCCUCAACCCUCCUAUCGAAGUGCUGGCUGUGUUGCUCAAGGCAAGCGACCAGGACAAGGGCAAUCUGCAGCGCGCCCACGUCGACGAGUUGAUGAGCUCCAGGUUCAUCGAGACAUAG